GCAAGAGUCUGUCAUGGCGGCGCGCACCACCGCCAGGCAAGCGGCAGCUCGACAUCUUUCCUCGUCGCGUGUUACGCGCUUCUUCUGUUCUUCGGCAUCUCUUCGAGUAACGACGACUUAGUUUUAACAUUGAGAAGGGAACAAUUUACUUUUUAGGAUACCUAUACCUCAACGAUUGGUGUAUUCGAUUUAAUUCUAUUACGCGAGUGCGAGGAACCAACUGUGCUCUCUUCGAUUUUUCCUUUCUCCUUUUUUCCCUAUCUCGCUUAUUCACUCGUUUACUACACAUUCUCUCUUUCUCUUUCCUUUUUGUUCUUUUAUUCUAUCUUUCUCUCUCUCUCUCUUUCUUUCUUUCUUUAUCUCUUUCUAUUUUUCGAUUACUUUUUCCUUUCUUAAAAACAGUGACACAACUUGUGACAAUUUGUUAUUGUGCUAUCGAAUCGGUGGUGAUCUAUGUACGUUUGUCUACAUAAAAACAAAAAAAAAGACAAAAAAAAUACAGAAGGAAAAAAAAAAUAGACACAUAGGGAUUGAUCGAAUAAACUAUAAACGCGUGUGUAGUUACUUUGGUCUUAUUUCAAUGGGAUCGAAUAAUGGAAAUGGAAAGUGUCGUAGAUAGUUAAGUUGCUCGGAGAGAGAAGGGAUUCACGAAUAAGAGGAAACUUAGUUUUGAAUAAGUAUAAACGGUUGCUGUGUCGUGGGCUCGAUCGAUCUUGAAGGUUGUGCCUUCCGAAGGUCGCCUCGAUACUCCCACGGAAUUUCCGCAUCGCGCUUUGGAUCGAACUCAGUUCGCGUCGUGCGUGACACUUUGCUACGAACGAGAGCCUACAGCGCUUCUGCUCUCUUUCUCUCUCUCUCUCUCUCUCUCUCUCUUUCUCUCUCUCUCUGUGUGUGUAAACUUUUUCUCCACUGUGUGAUAUAUUAUAAUAUUCUUCGUAAAAUCAUGUCAACGUUGACGUAACGUGCUCGUGUAAAAAAAUGUCGCGUAAAAGUAAAUCAUUUCAUUGAACAGAUUGAUAAUAAAUCUUCGAGGUGUUUAUCAAAGGAUAUAUAUAUCUAUAUACAUAUAUAUAUAUAUACAUACGCGUAUACAAGAUCAUUGCCGAAAAUCCAGAAAAAAUUGAAGUGACAUCGGUGAAGAUAGGCGAGGGUGGCCAUCGCGGUUGGACCGAGCUGACAACGGCCGAGUAUUCUCGAAACGAAUCAGCAGGAGUAACAAUGUCCUAGCGAAGGCAGGACCUCGUCUAGACCGCUCCCCCUCGUCCUGAUCCAUUUCUUCCGAAACCUUAAAUCCUUGCUAAUGUUGCUGUCCUGAGACUACAACAACUACCAAACAAACUGUACCCCGUGCUGUCGCAUUACACGUACAAGUAUACACACACACGCGCGCGCGCAUACGUACUCACAGAAACAAAUACAGAGUUAGAGAAACAUAUACACACACACACACAUGGACACGUAUACCCGCGUACACUACAGACACAUAUAUCAAACUCGCUUUCAUCCUUUACCAUCUCUUUUUAUUUAUCAUUCUUUAUCCAGCUUCAAUUCAGUUACUACGACACAUUCUGAUGUUUGAUAAAAAUAAGAAGAUUUAUAGAGAAAUUUAUAAACGAACAUAAAGAACAAACACGCACAAUUAUACCUACAUAUCCAAAGUCUUAUACGCACAUAGAGAGGAACGCGAGCUUUCCGAAUCCGGCCAAGUCCAAAGUCCUUAAUCCCGUGGGGCUCCGCCCGCACGCGAAGGAACCACACCCCGAGUACAGAGAGAGAGAAAGAGAAAGAGAUAAAGAGAACAAGAAGAAAAUUCAAGAUCCGGAUUUAACGUUCCCCUUUGAUCGACAGUCCACAUGGCCUCCUUCCAUGCUGGAUGCAGGUUGCAACGCCGUCGCGUAGGUUGGGUUUCUCGUUUACGAUUGGGAGUGGGUGAAGGACUCUAGCGUGCUUUCGGAAUUCGCCUAACAAUAAGUUUGAAAACUUUCGUAUAUUAUACAUAUAUUAUUCUCAUAUUGUUAGUGGGAAUUAAAUUUUGAUUCUUGAAAUUGUUUCGUAAUUAUUAUACGAGUCAAGUUAUGCGAAUGAAGUGGGGAGUGCCUUAGCAUCGUGACUUUGCGUAAACGCAUGCGUGGGUUGUGUUUAUUAAGAGGUUAAUGGACGUAGAAAAUAGAAUGAUUAUUCUAUAAACCAGCAUCAGUUUACAUAGUGAUGAUAACAACACGCUACGGUGGUUAAGGUGGCUUUCGAGGAGAACCUGAAAGUGGCGAGGAUCGUGAAAAUCGGCAAACGAGGGGGGCGAUCCGGAGAGCGGUAGUGGCGGCGGAGCGGCAGGGAUACUAUGGGAGCGGGGGUAUGGGGGGCGGAGGAGGGCUACAAGCCACGGACCUCCGGCGAAGGCUCGAGUCCCAAUCUUGCGAACGAAAUUUUUUUGAGAAUCCUCCUUCUUUAAGACAAGAAGAAGAUGGUUUCUACGUACCUGUUGAAAAUGGCACUUGCGAGGAUGAGGACAAGGUUGAGUUCGGAGCGAUUCUCGUUUCCGGUCAGCCAACGUGUACAGGUUCCCGGGCGUAUAAACGUCAAGAGAAAGAGGAGGAUACGGAAGAGAUAAGAAUUUUGAGGCGCGUAAUAGGAUCCGAUGGAUCCUUCCACGGGAAGCUGAGGUUUUCCACGAAGAGUUUCGACAGCAUCGAGAAUGAAGCGGAAGCGACGACGCAAGGGGAAGGGGAAGGUGAAAGGAAACAGCGACUACGAUGGUGUCGCAGGGACUUCCGGCGGAUUGCGGAAGUGGCGACAAGAACUUUGCUUUUGGGCAUCGUGCUCCUCGUCACACCAGGACUUUGUCAUCAGGACGCGGUCCAUAUAACGGCUAUAUUGGGAGAGAGUGUUGUCUUCAACUGUCAUGUAGAGUUCCCUGGUGAGCACCCAGUGCCCUACGUUCUUCAAUGGGAGAAGAAGGUAGGCGACAAGGGGCAGGAGAUACCGAUAUACAUAUGGUACGAGACGUAUCCAACCCACAGUGGCGAAGGGUACGAAGGUCGCGUCUCGAGAGUGAGCCCAAAUUCAAAUUACGGAAUGGCCAGCCUAAACCUUACAAACAUCCGUGAGAGCGAUCAAGGCUGGUACGAGUGCAAGGUCGUCUUCCUCAACAGGUCGCCUAACAGUGACAAGAAUGGUACCUGGUUCCAUCUCGACGUCCACGCACCACCCAGAUUUAGUAUAACGCCCGAGGAGAUGAUUUACGUGAAUCUGGGCGAUGCGAUAAUAUUGAACUGCCAAGCCGAAGGUACCCCGACGCCUGAAAUUCUCUGGUACAAGGAUGCAAAUCCUGUCGAACCGUCGCAAACGAUUGGGAUCUUCAACGACGGUACUGAAUUGAGAAUUGCAACCAUCAAACACGAGGAUAUCGGUGAUUACACUUGCAUCGCGAGAAAUGGAGAGGGACAAAUCAGUCACACCGCAAGAGUCAUCAUCGCAGAUCGAGCGAAUACCGAUAUGGAAAUUCCGGUAACCACAGUAUCAGAGAAUACCUCAAAGCGAACCAGUAAUUUGACGCUGUUGUUAUAUCGGCAUAGACGCUCGAUACGAUCAAAUAAUCAAAGAGGAGCUGUCAUUAUGGUACCCCCAUCGAAUCAGUCUAAACUCGAAGGAGAAAAGGUUCAGUUUUCUUGCGAGGCAAAGGCCCUACCGGGAAACGUGACGGUACGUUGGUUUCGAGAAGGUGCACCGGUUACGGAAGUAUCGUCAUUGGACACGAGAGCUUCAAUCAGGAUGAACGGGAGCCUUGUCAUUAGUCCUGUCAGCGCCGACGAUUCCGGUCAAUAUCUUUGCGAGGUUACCAACGGUAUUGGCGAGCCCCAAAGUGCCAGUGCCUAUCUCAACGUUGAGUAUCCAGCGAAGGUCGCAUUCACGCCGACGGUUCAAUAUCUGCCCUUCCGGUUGGCUGGUGUAGUGCAGUGUCAUAUCAAGGCUAAUCCGCAAUUUCAAUACGUAACAUGGACGAAGGACAAGCGAUUACUAGAGCCUUAUCAGGCAAAGGAAAUCGUGAUAAUGAACAACGGCUCCCUGCUGUUCACGCGAGUCAAUGAGAACCAUCAAGGAAGGUAUACCUGUACUCCUUACAACGCUCAUGGCACCCAGGGUAGUUCCGCGCCUAUGGAAGUGCUCGUUAGAAAACCACCGGUAUUCACUCUCGAGCCAGAAACGGUUUAUCAGAAAAAAUAUGGCGAGAGCGUUGAAAUGCAUUGCAACGCUCAAGAAGCAGAAGGCACCCAGAAACCUACAAUACAAUGGCUUAGGAAGGACGGUUCACCGAUUCAACGCAACCGGGCUAAAAUCAACGGCGGUAAUCUCACGAUCGAAAGUCUACGACGUACCGAUUUUGGAUUUUAUCAUUGCGUUGCAUCGAACGAAGUUGCUACCAUUUCCACUUCGACUCAACUAAUCGUCGAGGGUACUCAACCUCAUGCGCCUUACAACGUUACCGGCAAUGCUACCGAAUUUUCAGUUACAUUAAAUUGGUUACCUGGUUAUUCUGGUGGACCUGAUUAUAAACAAGAUUAUACGAUCUGGUAUAGAGAAGCUGGUACAUCGGAAUGGGAUACGAUACCAGUUACACCAUCGGGCAGUACAAUGGUCACGAUCAACAGACUGACACCGGCUACGGUUUAUGAGUUUCAGGUUAUCGGGAAAAACGCUUUGGGCGACGGAACAAUGAGCAAAGUCAUCACCAUCAGAACUCUCGACAUCUUAGAUUAUAGUACCCUCGAAUUAUCGACCGAUUCUACUGGAAAUACAAUCUUCCCGUCGAUCAUAAGGCCCAAAGGACCGAAACCAGGUCCACCGAAAAAUCUUACGGUGACCGAAGUCAGCAACGGUUUUCUAAUUACUUGGGAAGCUCCAUCUGAGAGGAAUCAUCUCAUUCAGCAUUAUACUAUCAAAUAUAAAACGGACGGGCCCUGGAAAAAUCUCAAUAAGGGACAAAUCCGUCCGGAGGAUACACAGUUUUUGGUGAAGAAUCUGGUUGGUGGUAGGACGUAUUAUUUCCAAGUGUUCGCAAAUUCAGCGACGAAUUACGGUGCCAGCGAACAAGUUAAAUUUCCUGUACCUGCUCGUGUGAAACACAAGGCGAUCACGGCCGGGGUUGUGGGUGGUAUUCUUUUCUUCAUCGUCGCCAUUAUCCUGAGUAUAUGCGCGGUGAAGAUCUGCAAUAAGCGGAAGAGACGAAAACAGGAGAAAGAACUGCUUUCAGCGUAUAACAUGGUGACUUGCCGGGUUACCGACAACAGGAAUGGUGCAGGGCAGGGGCCUCAAGGAACAGUGCCUUUGAAAAAACCUAGAAAAAGCAGAGUACCAGGUCUAAAUCUCCUACGAGAGAUUUUGAGUCCAGACACCCCGGACUCAUGCCGCGGUCGUCCCCUCGGUAAGAUCUCUCGCGCAGCCGACGGCCGAUUCGUCGUGGCGGAUUCGGUUCUCAGUUCGGCGAACAACAGUAUCCUGGAUGCAUCGAGCAGCGACGAUGGCGGGUUUCUGCCUAAACAACGGCUCAAGUCCUCUUGGCGACGUCCCUUAGUCGGCAACAGUCAGCUGAGCCUGAGAUCAUCGGGUAGCGGUGUCUCGAUAGGUGCUCUGCACGCUGCUCACCAUCAUCAUCAGGAUGCGGUUAAUUCAUUGGCCAGGAUACCACCAACUAUCUGUACGAUAUCGUCGCCUAGAUUCUUAGCGAGUUCACCGAGCGGUCCCAACGUACCCUGGACACCGUUAUACUUUAGCGACCUCAGCUCCGUGAGACAACCAUCUUCAGGGGAGAGAUCAUUCCCGACCCCUCCAAGUUACCUCCAAUUGCGAACCGUUCAUCAACGUUACAGCCAAGAGCUUCCAUCAUUGAAGGCGAUCCACGCCGAGUCCAGAAGAUUCGUACCAGUACAGCCUCUUGCUACCUCGUCUCCACCUCAAUCCGCUGGUCGACCAAGGGCGAGACUUCCACCGAGACACGCCAGGCACGCCAGGUCGGCGCCUGAACUGGCUGCGUCUCCGGAUUUGGAGACCUCGCCUGAAAGUAGAUCCAGCAGUUCGGGUUUCGGUAGCAAGAACACGUCUCAACAGAACCAGAGCUCGAGGAGCGGAAGCACGGUGGCUGAAUGGAGACCACCACCUUAUAGGCCGCCGCCCCCUCCUCUGGUUGGUCGAUGGUUGGAGCUUCAGGACCAGGCGAAGGUCGGCCACUUGAAAAAUGCCGUGGAUGCUGGUAGCGUCGAUGGACACUACGAGUUCGAUCCUGCCUCCUGUACGCCUACACCUACUUCUGCCUCCACUCCUACUAGAGAGGAGAGACCGCCGGUACAUCAAAUACACGCCAUUCAUGUGCCGCAUGUUCAUCAAGUACAUACGGUUCAUCAUCAACCAUCGAGAUACAGCAGGGAUAAUAUCGAGGCUAGGGUACAGGCCAUGAAGGCUGAAUUUCAUCAAUUUAGGCAAAGGCAGGCUAGGAGAAAACAGAGCACGCAUUUGGAAAGCGCCUGUUAAAAAUAAGCUUGUCAAAUAAUUUUCAUUAAACGAUCAUGGAUGAUUCGCAUCGUGGUUACGUGGUACGAUUAGAUACGGUCCAACAAUAACCGAAUCAAAUUCUAGUAACGAGACAUUUCCAUUGGAAUCGGAUAUAUCGGAGGACCAAGAGAAUCUAUCGCGGUUGAUGACAACCUGGUAUUAUGCGUGUUGCUUUCCUUUUUUGGAAAUUCUUCGGCGUAAGACCAAUUGUCAAAAUUGCACAAAACAACGAGAAUCAUCAUCGCGUAACGGUAUCGAAAUAAUAGGCGCGUUAUAAAAUGUCAAUUCCGCUAGCCAAAGCAAUCCUCUCUGAUGUUGUUAAAAUAAACAAAAAAAAAAUGAGAGAGA